AUGAUGUGGACAAGCAUGCUCAAGCACCAUUUGAAGUACCUCAGGAACCAGGUAAAAAAAGACACUGUUCAUAAUAGUGUGCUUAACCUGAGCCAACAUACCCCACCAAAAAAAGUUCAAGAAACUUUAACCCUUGGUCCCAAGUUCAGCCUUCAGCCCGAUUUGAAAAAACCAGAAGUGGUUGGAUUGGUCAGGAAUAUUUCGGGAUCGGCCCCUGAAGAUCAUCAAGAGGCGUGCAUACGAGAGGCUGUUGAAGUGGCCAAACGAGUACCCCUGCUGAACUCCACCAGUCAAACGUUAAAAAAGGUUGUGGAAUAUUGCACAACCACCUCCAACAGGCUACUCACUUCUGACAAGGAAGGAAUGUUUGUCAUCAUGCCAGAAUCAAUGUACAGAGAGAAAAGCGAACAGUCCCUUACGAAGAACUUUCGGCCAGCGAGACAAGGGGAAUGCAAAAGCGCCUUAAAGAGGGUUCUUGCUGUCUGUGAUGACCAGGAAAUUGUGCACCUUAGGAACUCAGUAAAGGCAAAAUCUUCGACUUUCCUUAGGGUUUUUUUCACCGCAAAAACCCAUAAGGACUCGAUGCCGUUCAGGGCCAUUGUGUCAGAAAGGAACACGUGGCAGAAGGCUGUCUCGAUGUUCCUGCAGAAACAUCUAAAUCAGCUUCCCAUUCUUGACCCCUUCCUGGUGAAAAGCUCGACUGAGAUUGUGACGUUCCUGCAAAGGGGGGAGACAUCGGCCUACCGUUUCUUUUCGAUCGAUGUAGAGGACUUGUUUUAUUCCAUCCCCCAAGAUCGCCUUAUCCGAGAGGUGGAGGACCUGAUCGAAAAACACGGCGUGGUGAAAUUCCAGAAUCAUGUUGGCAUAACACUUGCAUCCUUUAUGGAACUCUUGAGAGCGUAUCUAGCAUCGACUGUCAUUAGUGACCAGAAUAAGCUGUACAUUCAAAAAGGGGGAACUCCCAUAGGCUCAGCCAUCUCUCCUGUACUAUGCGACAUCUACCUAGCUGCCUGUGAUACCGGCAUAAAAGCAGCCUUGCAAGACAUGUACUCUUUUCGCAUUUUCAGAUAUGUGGAUGACUUUCUAUUGUUUUAUCGGGAUGAUAUGACUAGCGAAAAUGACAUGACAAAGACGUUCCUCGAUGUGUUCUGCUGA